AUGUUGCCGUCCCAGAUUCCCAUCGACGAGAUGUUCGAUCUCGACGCAGCGUUGACCAUGGACGUUGACUUACCCGAUAACCAUCAAGAGCGAGAAGAAGAAGAUGAUGAUGAAUCCAAGGCGAAGGCUGCCAGCCGCCUGCUCGACGAACUGCCGACGGUGGAAGGCAGCGGCCGGUGUGCAGUUUGCGCGGAGGGGCUCCGCUUAGGCGGGGCGGCUAAGCAGAUCCCCUGCGGCCAUGUAUUCCAUCAGCACUGCAUUUUGCGGUGGCUCUCCCUCAUCUAUUCCUGCCCCUUGUGCCGCCAAAACUGUCCGCCGCCGGGAAUCAUUUCUUCUGAUUGA